AUGGUCACAGUGGGGACCAAUUUCCUGCCCUCCAGACCCGCUGUCUCAGCCAAUACAGUAGGAGAAGACGCAGCUUUAAUUUCUAGAAGGAUCACACGGAGGCAUAAAAGCGACGCAGCCCGGCCUUGCACCGCACCGGGCCCUGGAGCCCGGACCGUGAACAUGGGGAACACGCAUUCCAAAAGCAGUGACCGAGACGGCGCGCUCCGUGGCCGCCCCGAGCUGUCUUUCUACAGCUCUUUUCCUCGGAAAUGGAGCGAGAACGUCUUUCUGGAUAACGAGCUGCUGACCUCCAAGAUCCUGUCUGUGCUGCGGCCGCAGUCGGAACGGGGCUUCCGGACGGGCCAGCUCCGCUACCCUGCCCACUUUCUCAGCACCAACUCUGUGUUUGCCUCUGUCGCAGCGUCCUUAAAGGAGCACCCGAGGGCCACCCUCUUGUCCGAUGGCAGCCCGGCCCUGUCCAGGAAUGUCGGCAUGACGGUCUCACAGAAGGGGGGGCCACAGCCAGCACCCAGCCCGGCGGGAACGGGGACGCAGCUCGGACCAGUCACAGGAGAGAUGGAUGAAGCCGACUCCGUAUUUUUAAAAUUUAAGCAGGCAGCUGAUGACUCUUUUUCGCUUACAUCUUCGAAUGCCGAGCCCAUUUUUGUAGAAGACCCUUGCACGGCCUCACUGAGGAGUGAGAUCGAGUCGGAUGCCCGCGAGUUCGAGGCCGAGUCCUGGAGCCUCUCUGUGGAUGCCGCAUAUGCAAAGAAACAAAAGAGAGAGGUGGUAAAGAGGCAGGAUGUGCUCUAUGAGCUGGUGCAGACGGAGGUGCACCACGUACGGACGCUCAAGAUCAUGCUGAAGGUCUACUCCAGGGCCCUGCAGGAGGAGCUACAGUUCAGCAGCCAGGCCGUCAGCCGCCUCUUCCCGGGUGUGGACGACCUGCUGGACUUGCACAGCCACUUCCUGUCUCGGCUGAAGGAGCGCCGCCGGGAGUCCCUGGAGGAGGGCAGUGACCGGAACUACGUCAUCCAGAAAAUCGGGGACCUCCUGGUGCAGCAGUUUUCAGGCGAAAAUGGGGACAGAAUGAAAGAAAAAUAUGGUGUCUUUUGUAGUGGCCACAACGAGGCGGUCAGUCAUUAUAAGUUGCUGCUGCAGCAAAACAAGAAAUUUCAAAGCUUGAUCAAGAAAAUCGGCAACUUUUCCAUCGUGCGGCGGCUUGGUGUGCAGGAAUGUAUCCUCCUGGUCACGCAGCGCAUAACCAAGUACCCGGUGCUGGUGGAGCGCAUUAUUCAGAACACAGAAGCCGGCAGCGAGGACCACAGAGACCUGAGCCAGGCCCUGAAGCUCAUCAGAGACAUCAUCUCGCAAGUGGACGCCAAGGUCAGCGACUUCGAGAGAGGCCAGCGCCUCCGGGAGAUCGCGGGGAGGGUGGACCUGAAGUCCUCCAGCAAGCUCAAGAACGGCCUGACCUUCCGCAAGGAGGACAUGUUACAGCGGCAGCUGCAUCUGGAGGGCACGCUGUGCUGGAAGACCACGUCGGGGCGCCUGAAAGAUGUUCUCGUUGUCCUUCUGACUGAUGUGCUUUUGCUGCUACAAGAAAAGGAUCAAAAAUACGUCUUUGCCUCCGUGGACUCCAAGCGCCCGGUCAUCUCAUUACAAAAGCUCAUCGUGAGGGAAGUGGCCAACGAGGAGAAAGCCAUGUUCCUGAUCAGCGUCUCCCUGCGAGGCCCGGAGAUGUACGAGAUCUACACCAGCUCCAAAGAGGAGAGGAACACCUGGAUGGCUCACAUCAGAAGGGCCGUUGAGAACUGUCCCGACGAGGAGGAGGGGCCCUUCAGCGAGGCCGAAGAGGAGAGGAAGGUGGUCGAGGCCCGCGCCCUGAGGCUGAGGGACUUCCAAGAGCGACUGAACCUGAAAGACCAGCAGAUUGCGCAGAGCCUCAGCGAGAAGCAGCAGAUCUACCUGGAGAUGGCCGAGACGAGCGGGCUGGAAGACGUCACUCCGUCACGGCUCCUCUUCCGAGGAGGGGACCCCUCCGAGACCGUGCAGGGGGAGCUGAUUCUCAAGUCGGCCAUGAGUGAGAUUGAGGACAUCCAGAACCUGCUCUGCAGGCAGCUGGCCAGCGCCAACGGUCAGGCAGAAGAUGGGGGAGGCUCCGCGGGCCUGCCCCGCAGGGCAGACACCCUCGGGGGCUGCGACACCGUGAGCAGCCCCGGCAAGAACGGCAGUUUUAAGAAGGUCUGCAGCAACGACCCUGGCCCCCGAGACUGGCAAGGCCCGGUGAGCAGCCCAGACUCCAGGCCCGGCGACACCCCCGGGGCCUCUGAGGAGCCACCACCUGUGGUCACGGUGCCAGGUGCGGAGUCUGGCCCCCGUCUGCCCGCCGUCCUGGAGCUGGAGCUCGUGCAGCGGAUCCAGACGCUGUCCCAGCUGCUGCUAAGCCUCCAGGCCGUCAUCGCCCAGCAGGACAGCUACGUGGAGAUGCAGAGGGCCGCCCUCCAGGAGCGCGAGAAGCAGCUGCGGCUGCAGUCCACGCGCGGGAACCUGCUGCUGGAGCAGGAGCGCCAGCGCAACUUCGAGAAGCAGCGGGAGGAGCUGGCGGGCGUGCAGAAGCAGCAGGGCCGGCUGCGGCUGGAGCAGCAGCGCUGGGAGCGCGAGCGGGAGCGCCAGCGGCAGGAGCUCGACGUGGCUUCGGCGCGGCUGCGGCAGCGCGAGGAAGAGUCGCUGCAGCUGCAGGAGCGGCUGGGCCAGGAGCGCGAGCAGCUGGAGCGGCAGCGGCGCGCCUACCAGCACGACCUGGAGCGGCUGCGGGAGGCGCAGCGCGCCGUGGAGCGGGAGCGCGAGCAGCUGGAGCAGCAGCGGCGCCUCAAGAAGCAGAACACGGCCUCUGGGAUGUGGCGUCUGUCCCUCUUUCAGGCCCAGCCCCCAAGCCACGCUCCCAGCUUCAACGGGGAAGGGCUGGAAGGGCCCACCGGCCUCGCCAAAGCGCCAGGACCCCGGGCGAGCCUGCUGCUGUCCAGCUCGGGCCCCGAGUUCCCAGAGCGCCCCGAGGUGGCUCGCCGGGACAGCACCCCGGCGGAGGGUCGGCCGGCCAAGAGCGACGUGCCCAUCCAGCUGCUCAGCGCCACCAACCAGAUCCAGAGGCAGGCGGCCGUGCAGCAGCAAAUCCCCACCAAGCUGGCCGCCUCCACCAAGGGCGGCAAGGACAAGGGCGGCAAGAGCAGGGGCUCCCAGCGCUGGGACAGCUCGGCCUCCUUCGACCUGAAGCAGCAGCUGCUUCUCGGCAAGUUCAUGGGCAAGGACGAGGGCGCCUCUCGGAACCGCCGCUCGCUGAGCCCCGUCCUGCCAGGCAGCCACGGCUCCACGCCUCUCCCAGGUGAGCCCGGCCCCCCGGGACAGCGGGGCUCCCCAGCCGACGUGCCCCCUGAGGGCUCCAAGCCCGGGGGCGCACCCGUGCCCCCAUCCUUCUUGCCACUGCCCACCACGCCAUUGGACAAGGAAGAGGCCGGCAAGGAAGACGUCAUCUUCUUCUAG